GGAGGCGUGCUUGGUUACCGGUUUCCGCCGGUAUGGCAGGAUUAAAGUGUCAGUAUGGAAGACAGUCGCUGGUGUAUAUAAAGCCGAAACACUUCUGCAUUCCUAGGGUAUCACCAAGACUUGUCUAUAGUAUCACUGGAGAAUGGCAGCAUCUGACAGAAUAAUGCUGGGGCCGUUGGUGGGAGCUAUUGACCAGGGGACAAGCUCUACUAGGUUUUUGGUUUUUAAUGCAAAAACAGCAGAAUUAUUGAGUCACCAUCAAGUAGAGAUCAAACAGAAAUUUCCCAAAGAAGGAUGGGUGGAGCAGGACCCCAAGCAGAUCUUACAAUCUGUCUACGAGUGCAUGGAAAGGACAUGUGAGAAACUCUCCCAGCUUGGUAUUGACCUAUCCAACAUCAAAGCAAUUGGAGUCAGUAAUCAAAGAGAAACAACAGUUGUGUGGGACAAGAUAACCGGAGAACCUCUCUAUAAUGCUAUUGUUUGGCUGGACCUGAGAACUCAAUCCACAGUAGAGCGGCUAAUAAACAGAACACCAGGGAAAAACAAGAACCACCUGAAACACAAGACCGGCCUCCCCAUCAGUACCUACUUCAGUGCUGUGAAGCUACGAUGGCUCAUGGACAAUGUGGAUGAAGUCAGGAGUGCAGUUCACAGCGGUCGUGCUAUGUUUGGUACUAUUGAUUCCUGGCUUAUUUGGAGCUUAACAGGUGCCAGGAAUGGUGGUGUUCACUGCACAGACGUGACCAAUGCAAGCAGGACAAUGCUGUUCAAUGUUCACACAUUAGACUGGGAUCCUGAACUUUGCCAAUUUUUUGACAUUCCAAUGGAAAUUCUUCCAAAAGUGAGAAGUUCCUCUGAAAUAUAUGGCCUAAUCAAAAUAUGUUCUAGUAUGAAAUCUGGUUCUCUUACUGGCGUUCCUAUUUCUGGGUGUUUGGGUGACCAGUCUGCAGCUUUAGUUGGGCAGAUGUGCUUUAAAGAUGGACUUGCAAAAAAUACGUAUGGAACUGGUUGCUUUUUGCUUUAUAAUACUGGCCAGAAGCCCGUGAUGUCUGAGCAUGGACUUCUGACAACUGUUGCAUACAAGCUCGGGAGAGACAAGCCUGCCUGUUAUGCAUUAGAGGGAUCUGUGGCUAUAGCAGGAGCUGUGGUAUGCUGGCUGAAAGACAAUCUAGGAAUUAUUGAGUCUCCAGAAGAAGUUGAGAAACUAGCAGCUUCUGUGGGUACUUCCUAUGGCUGCUAUUUUGUCCCUGCAUUCUCUGGUCUAUAUGCACCAUAUUGGGAACCCAGUGCUAGAGGCAUCAUCUGUGGCCUUACUCAGUUUACCAAUAGAAGUCAUAUUGCAUUUGCUGCUUUAGAGGCAGUCUGCUUUCAGACACGAGAGAUCUUGGAUGCUAUGAACAAGGACAGUGGGAUUCCUCUGAAGCAGCUUCAGGUAGAUGGAGGAAUGACAAACAAUAAGCUGCUGAUGCAGCUGCAGGCAGAUAUUCUCUGCAUCCCAGUAGUGAAGCCAUCCAUGCCAGAGACCACAGCCCUCGGUGCUGCUAUGGCAGCAGGAGCUGCUGAAGGGGUCCGGGUGUGGAGUCUGGAGCCUGAAGACCUCACCGCAGUGACCUGUGAGAGAUUUGAGCCACAGAUUAACCCAGAAGAGAGUGAAUUUCGAUACGCUCGGUGGAAGAAAGCUGUAGCAAAGUCUAUGAACUGGGAGACCACAGAGCCUUUAAAUGGCAACGGUGAAACUAGUAUCUUCAGUAGUCUGCCACUGGGUUUUUAUAUACUGGGUAGCAUGUUUAUGUUAAUUGGAGCAAAGUACAUUUCAGGGUUAAAAAAAUAAGCCACGGUUUGAUGUUUUGCUUGUUUGAAACCUGCUUUCCAUAUGUCACGGACCCAGGUUUGCCUCUGCAUGUGAUGAAGCCUUCUGGGAAGAAACAAAACCCAUUCCAAGUUUACAGACCAUCACCAGCCCUCCUUAACACUUCCAUGCUGAAGAAGUGUGUUUGGACUUUGCACCUAAUUAUUGUGUCUUACUUUAUAUUGAUACUUAAAUAAAUUAAUUGUUUGAUAAAUGA